AUGAAUUGGGAGCGUUUGUUGACACAGGACUCCAAAUCUCAGCAGCUCAACAUCACGCGCAGAAUGUCAGUCUCGAACGCGCAUUGUUGGAGUUUGAGAGAUAAUGGGCCUGUUGCGACAUCAAGGUGUUCAUCGCCAUCAUCUGCUCUAUCCAUGUGCGCGCGCUGCACGCGGGAAAUUCUGGACCGACAGCUGCUGAGGGUGAAUGGCUUAACUUGGCAUUUAAAAUGUCUGCAGUGCUCUGUGUGUGCAGUGUCUUUGGAUCAGCACAACAGCUGCUUUAUCAGAAAUAAAGACAUUUUCUGUAAAACUGAUUAUAACAGUGCCUUUGGCAUAAAAUGUGCUCGUUGUGGCCAUCAAGUGAGUGCAAAUGACUGGGUUCGGAGGGCAGGAAACAACAUAUACCAUCUUGCCUGCUUUGCUUGCUUCUCUUGUAAAAGGCAGCUGUCCACAGGGGAAGAGUUUGGCUUGGUGGAGAACCAAGUUUUCUGCCGCAUUCACUAUGACACAAUGCUGGUAAACCUACAGUACAUGUCAGAGGAUGGAAUACAUUUGGAGGGAGCUUUAUCCACCGAGUGCUUCCCAAAGAUAUCAAAAAGACCUCGUACCUCAUUCACUUCAGAGCAGUUACAGAUAAUGCAAACCCAAUUUAGCCAAGACAAGAACCCUGAUGCAAAGACACUGCAGAAGCUGGCAAACAUGACUGGGCUAAGCAGAAGAGUUAUACAGGUUUGGUUCCAAAACUGCAGAGCCAGACAGAAACACAUUUCAUGA